AUGCUAGAAUUGCUUACUACGAUAUUCCUGAUUCUUAAUUCUACUGUCACUAUCAUUGGAUGCCUUGUGAACCUUUUUCUCCUUCACAUUGUACUUUUUCACAGUCCAAAAAUCAUAAAAACGUUUUCAAUCGUGAUCAUAAACUUGGCUUUAACAAAUAUCGGUGCUUGUUUGAGCGGAUUUUCAAUAGGUCAACGAAUUAUUCCAUCCGGGAAACGAUUAUUUUAUAUUUCCUAUGGUCUAUGUUCAUGGAUCGGAGAACAAUUUUGUUUUGAUGUAUUUGGAGCCCUUCUUCAUUUUCACACCCAUGCUCUUUGGCUAAUUUUUGUCAGUUUUGCCUAUCGUUACUAUGUUAUGUUGAGGAAUGAGCCUAGCAGAUUGGCUCUUCAAUUAUCCAUUCUGCUUAUUUAUAUUCCUUCUCUAGUCCAACUCCUUGCAAUGUUUUUCCAGAAUUUGAGAAUUGAGGAAAUUCGGAAUCUAUUAAAUGCAGCGUAUCCUGAAUACAACUUGACUGGAUUAACUGUAACUGGAGCUGUGAAAACUCUAGAAUUUGCUCCAUUGUACACUUUGAUUCAUAUGACAGUGGUUAGCACACCAAUUACAAUUGGAAUUCAGAUUUUCAAGAGGAGAAUAAUAAAAUUAUUGACAACAAGAGGUGUGGAUCUAUCAUCGAAGACGAGGAAUUUACAUGCGCAGUUGUUGAGGACCCUAACCUUCCAAUCCACCGUACCCUUGAUCUACAUUUUUGGAGUUUUUUGCUUCGUACUAUCCCAUUUUUGGAGUCAUCCAAUUCUUGAAUAUUUUACUGUGAUUCCCCCAUUAGUUGUUCCUAUUCUAACCCCAUUUUCUUGUAUUUUCUAUGUCACUCCAUACCGAUAUUACGUUUUUUGUUUGAUUUCACAAAAACUUCACCCCAAAAAUUCCAUUCAUACUGUGUCUGCGGUUUUUGUGGAUUGA